AUGUUGAAAUCGAGUGGUUUACCGAAGAAAUUUGUUCCACGUAUCAGACUUGCUGUUAAAGAAGACAAAUGCUUGAUUGUGGUUUACAUAGAUGUCGACGAUUUUGAGAGGUUUGAGAUUAUACAAACUUCAUCUGGAACCGCGAACAUCUAUCAAAUGAGAAACACAUACGAUCGGAGAAAUGUUAAACCUCAACAUUUUUCUAUUCCAUCCGAUGAAGACUCAUUUUCUUCGAUUCUUUUUGGAACUUCUGCUAUUCUCAAACACUAUAUCAACGAUCCAACGAUAAUUGGAACUUUCGAGCUCGAAUUUUCUGAAAGAGACGAGAUGAAACAAGAAAAAAUUGUAGAGGAUAUUGAACGUCAUCUGAAAUUAAUCGAUGGGCCUGAUUCGAAACUUCUCAUCAAGAAACUAGUGACUAAUAGUGUUGUACAUGAAAAUGUUGCUGCAUACGCAUUAGCUCUACUUUUUCAAUUUGAUGGUGGAAUUGGAGACACGAAUGCGGAGAAAUUGGUUAUUCAUUCGAAGGCAGCUUUCCCAAUACAAGCUUUUGACAGCGUUUUCGAGUUAACGAACAAUGGAGAUAUGUAUCGUAACUCUAUGAUCACAUGCUAUGGCUCAGAAGGGGUUUCGCUUCUGUACAAACUGGCAGAAGAAACCGAAUGUUUUGCCACUUUACGCUUUUCACAAAAAUAUGGAUCAUGUGUUUUUGAUGAUCAAAAGUUCCCGAUUAGAAGACUCAACGAGAAAGUGGAAUUGAAAAGAUUUGUCAAUAAGGAGAGGAAUCAAGUAACUCGUAUGAAUAAGUCUGCGUGUGGAGUAUGGUUUCAUUGUUUGAGUCUGGAGAAUGAGAAAAAGUAUGAAGAGUAUUUCAAGAAAGAAACCUGCGGUCUCCGUUGGUUCUGCAAGGAAUGCUCUGAUCCAUUUGAGUAUUGGUUUUAUCAUAACCUACCACGUCGUGUCUAUCAUGAAACAGAAUGGUGUGAUGUCGUCGAUCGUCCAGAAUCAAAAGAAAAACUUCUGAAAUAUGAGAAAGAGUUAGAAGUAGUGAAGGCAAAAGUUGAGAAAGAAGAAAAGGAGAAGCAGAAAGAGUUGGAAGAGGAAAAACAAAGAAUUUGGGAGGAGCAGAAUCUUCCUAGAAACUGCUGGACACGUUUACCAUUGGAACUGAAACACGAAGUUAUCAAGAAAUUGGAUCUAAUGAGCAGGCAUGCCAUGAGAACUGUCUCUCGUAGAGAUCGUGUUGCUGUCGACUCGUCUCAUUUUCAUGUGCCACGAGUUAGACUUUCAAUCAAGGAGGACAAGUGUAUGCUAAUGGUUUAUAUUGGCAUUGAAACGUUUUUGAGAUUGGAGCUUAGAAGAGGAAAGGGCGGAGUGGCGAUCUAUAAGCUAGAAAACAGUUAUAAUCUGAAAGAAGCUGACAUCAAACAAAUUCCAAAGACCGCCUUGUUGCCACUGUCGAUUUCAAUUCUCAAGAGUCUUUUCCUUCACAAAUCAGUCCUUCUCGGAACUAUGGAAAUCGAGUUUUUUGGAAAAGACGAGUUGAUUCAUAUUGAGUUGACUUCUCAAAUUUUGAAACGUCUGUGGAAAGAAAUAGGAGAAAAAAGAUCGUUCCGUGUGAAGAGACUCGUUUUCAGUCCUAAUAUGUCUCGGGAAAUUCAAGGAUUCUUCGUGGGUUUAUUUGGUGACAAUACUGUAAGAAAGGAAGCUAGAGUUGAUGAAAUUCUGAUCGGAGCCGACCAUCUCGUCCCAGAAGUGUUGGUGACUAAAGUCUGUAUUCAAGAUGAGAUGAACUUGAGAAACACCAGAACGGCACAUAAUAUGUUAAAAUGGGUGGGAGAUGAUGUCCUUGGAAGAAUGAAAUGGUUCGAAAACGCUUAUGAUGUUGGAUUCACAUCAAUGCGCUUCAGCAAGCCUUACAAAUUUCCUGCUGGUGGAUUCGAAGUGGUUUCUAAUGAAAUGCUUAAUGAACAUGUGAAGAUGAGUCGUUGCGUAAAUAAGGAGGAGAAUCUAGUUCUUCGUAUGAAUCAGUCGUCGUGUGGUUUCUGGAUGAAUAUGGUCAAAGCUGAAAAUGAGGCCGAGUAUCUCGAAUAUUUCAAGACUGAAACUUGCGGCCUUGAAACUCUUUGCAAGAAGUGUUGUGAUCCAUUCGACUACUGGUUCUACCGUACUCUGCCACGUCGAUUAUACUACGAACCAGAAUGGUGUGAUGUUGUAUUGUGUCAAACAGAAGAAGUUAGACCUAGUGUGGAAUAUUUGGCUGGAUGCGCUGGAAAACUAAUAAAAGAUAUAGUAGCUGAGGAGAAGUUGUCCAUACCGGAUGAGAAGAAUCAAGUGAAAUCGUGGGGAUUUCGAAAAAUGGUGGAGAAUGUGGAGAGGUCUUCUGAAUCCGAGGAAUCAGGUGAACCCUCUGAAGUUGAGGAAGUGGAGCAAGAAGUCGAAGUGGAGGAGAAAAGUUCUGAAACAAUUUGCGAAUUACGAGUGGAGGCUUCAAGCGAGUUUUCUAAAAACGUUUACCACUUCAUCGAUGUUAUCUUGUUCUCUAUUAUGUUCUUUUACAUGUUCUACUCGUUUGUUUAUUGA